CCUCUCCCUCCCACCGGCUGGUGAUCUCCAGCUCGAGGGUUUCUCCCUCUGCCAUCUCCUCUCCGACCUCGCUUUCAAGCCCUCCGACGAGAUCCGGCUCCUUCCCUCCACCUGCUCCCGGCCUGCCCCCAAGCCGGCCCAUCCCCGCAGACCAUCUACCUUCGCGCGGGGGCACGGACGGCUACGGCAGCGGCUUCGAGUAGUACAGGAGCUGGUGGGCAGAUAAGCACUGACUUGUAAGCAGAGGCUGUUGAGGGUUCUGUAUGGAUUGAAUAGGAUCAUUUGCAAGCAGGUAAAACAGAAAUUUCUCCAGUUGGUUCAAGAUUUUUGUUUGUCUAGUAGUUUGCGGCCCCCUCCUUAUCUGGCAAACUCUAUCAAUGUCUCCCAUACGAUCAUAUGCCAAGCGUCAAGAGAAGGAUAUGGCAGAAGCCAUAAACAAGAUGUUCUGUCCUUUAACCCCCAGGCGUAAGAACUUGCAUUUUGAUACAGUUUCCAAGCGUACCAACUUCCCAUGCCCUCCUCUUGCGGCGCCAGACGAGUCACCAAGUGCCAUUGAGACAUGCCGCACAAAUAUCACAUGGUGGGAAUCUGUUCUGAAUUGGUUGCAGUAUAAGGACAGUAUGAUUGAUGAGUCUUUGGGCAAGGAUUCAGAGGACUUGAUCGUGUUAUCCAGUGGGCCAGAAAGGAUGACACUGAGUGGUGGUUCUGUAUAUAAGCAUUCAGAAGCACGCGACAUUAUACCAAGGCAGAAAAUGCGUAUGCCUGAUGGUCCUCCACCAUCUAAUGGAGAAGAAAUUCAAGGACUUUGGAAACUAUUUAGAGAUGAGCAACAGGAAACAAAAACUUGCAGCUUGAACAGAACAUUCUAUGGUCCCAAUUGUCUUCCUGACAUAAAAAACCCAUCUUCGAAAGAUAUGAUCACUAUCAAAGAGUUCUUCUCCUCCCACCAGAAAUCUAUGGUCAAGCACUUAGACCAUCUGAUAUACCUAAAGGAUAUCAUACGGAAUCAUCUGAUUCCUCAAGUCCGCUCUAAAAUCAGGGAGCUAAUAAAGGAAUUGAAAUUAUUACAAAAUCCUGACUUGAAGAUGCUUGAGUUGCUUUACUUGAGUGAUAUGGAUCCCGAUGAAGAACCAAUUGACUACUUAGCUCCUGAAACAGAGGAAGAUUAUCCUGAACAGUCUGAUGCGGAGGAUGAAGAUUGAUGGGAAAGCUUAGCCUGGGAGGUUCAUAGAAACGGUGGCUAUGGAGACCAUAGGUUCAGGAUUAUAGUUCUUAACAGUCAGUAAAAAAGGAAGGAUUUUUGUGGCUAUGAAGACCAUAGGUUCAGGAUUAUAGUUCUUAACAGUCAGUGAAAAAGGAAGGCUUUUGUUAUGCCACGCCAUGAAGACCAUCAGCUGCAUCUCUUAAAUGUAAUUCCUGCUGCACUGUGUCGAUAAGGUGAAGCAUUUACUAGAAUGGAAGGCCUAAGUUGUACAUUGACGCCUGAUAACUCAGCAGUGUUGCUUGUUGGUCCAAUCAUAGUUUUUUCUUUGGACUAGUUGCAUCUCUUAGUGUUGUUCCAGCUUUACUUGUGCCAAUAUAGUUGAACUAUGUUACUGGAAUCUGAGGCUAAAUUUGUACAUUGAUGUUUGGUCAAUGGUUGGCAACUCUACACAAUUCUGCUUUG